AUGGAGUUGACCAAUGAGACCACAGUCCAGGAAUUCAUUUUGCUGGGAUUUGGAGGUGGACAACGGAAAUAUUUUCUGCUCCUUGUUUUUUUUACUGUUCUCUACAUGCUCACUUUGGCAGAGAACAUUACCAUUAUCACACUGGUGCUACUAGAUGCUCAUCUGGCCCACCUUCCCAUGUACAUCCUGUUGAGCAAUUUCUCCUGGCUGGAGAUGUGUUAUGUGACUGCCACUGUUCCUCGGAUGCUUCUUGACCUGGCUUCUCCACAUGGUAUCAUCUCCUUCCAGGCUUGCUUCUUUCAGUUCUACAUCUUCUUCUCUCUUGGGGCUACUGAAUGCUUCUUCCUUUCAGCCAUGGCUUUGGAUCGAUACCUGGCUAUCUGCCACCCUCUGCGCUACCCACAAAUUAUGCCCCAACAUUCCUGCUAUGUCCUCAUCUUUUCCUGUUGGGUCCUUGGCUUUCUCUGGCACCUCGUCCCUGUGCUAUUGAUCUCUAAGUUGUCCUUCUGUGGCCCUAACAUCUUUAACCACUUUGUGUGUGACCCUGGGCCACUUCUAUCUGUUGCCUGUCCCCCAUUAGGAAAUGCUCCUUUUGUCUAUCAGGUGUUCAUGAACACUUUGAUUUUAUCCAAUGUCUUUUUUGUUGUGCUGUCCUAUACUAUUGUCAUUCUCACUCUGAUAAAAAGCUCUUAUCAAGGUAAUCGUAGGAAGGCCUUCUCUACAGUAUUUUUCCAUCUAGUGGUUGUGACAAUUUUCUAUGGCUCUGUAGCAGGAGUUUACUUAAUUCCUAGUGGGGAAAAUCAAUCAGACCUCACAAAGGCAGCAACAGUUUUCUACACAGCCAUUACACCUUUUCUUAACCCCUUGAUCUACUGUCUGAGAAAUGAGCAAGUGAAAGAGGCCCUGGGCAGGUUGCUGAAGAGAACGGAGAAAUGGUGGGGCCAAAUGCUGAAACUAUAA